AUGGCAGACUCAGAGACUCUGUCUGUCGCGGAGUGGUUCCGUGGCCGAAACAUUUUCGUCACUGGCGGCACCGGCUUCAUGGGGAAAGUUUUAAUUUACAAGCUGCUCCUCAGCUGCCACGAUCUUGGUAAUGUUUUCGUGCUGGUCAGAAAGAAGAAAGAGGUCGAUCCGCACACGAGGCUGCAGCACAUGAUACAGCAAGAACCGUUCAAAGUGAUCAAGGAGAAGUAUCCAGAAAGACUGAAGAAGAUCAUACUGGUGCCUGGCGAGACCACGACGAAAGAUCUCGCGUUAUCGACCGCCGAUAAGGAACGAUUGCUGCGCGAAGUCAGCGUCGUCUUUCACAUGGCGGCAAAUGUUAAAUUCGAUUUGUCGCUGAAAGAGGCGGUGAGAAUAAACACACUGGGCACCAUGAACGUUCUGAAUCUUGUGAAACAGAUAGCCGAUCUCGGAGCGUUCAUUCACGUUUCGACGGCGUUCUGUCAAUGCACGGAGCCAGUGCUCGAGGAGAGAGCCUAUCCGACAACGAUACGGCCCGAGGUCGUGAUAGACACCGUGAACAAUCUGACGGACGAGGUGAUCGCAGCGAUGACGCCGAAAAUGUUGGACGGUCAACCGAACACAUACGCGUUCAGCAAGUCGCUCAGCGAGGAGCUGGUACAAAAAUGCGGUCUACCUGCGGGCGUCGCCAGACCUUCGAUAGUGAUUGCAUCAAUGAAGGAACCAGUGUCCGGCUGGGUGGAGAACAUGAACGGACCAACCGGUUUGAUGGUGGGAGCUGGAAAAGGUGUGAUCAGGACUGUGCUUUGCAACUACGAUUAUCUGUUGAACGUGAUACCUUGUGAUAUGGCUAUCAACGCUGUAAUUGCGUUGGCGUGGAAGGUGGGAAUAGAGAAACCACCGAAACCGAUCUUUAUGAACGUGACCAACGGGACCGAGAAUCCUCUUUCUUGGGGCUCUGCUGUGAACACAGGAAAGAAACACGCCACUACGUAUCCGUUCACAGGCGUCCUCUGGUACCCAGGCGGAAGUGCAACCACGUCGAAAUUCUACCACUGGAUCCGUGUAAUUUUCUUUCAUUUUCUCCCCGCGUAUGUGCUCGAUGCUUUGAUCGCUUUAACGGGAAACAAACCGUUCCUGGUACGAGUGCAGCACAAAGUCAAUGCCGGUAUCGAGUUGAUACAAUACUAUACAACGAAACAAUGGGACUUCCGGAAUGAUCGCAUGAAAAAACUACAGCUCGAGCUGAACGAGUCCGACCGAGAAGAGUUCUUCAUGGACACAUCGUCGAUCUCCUGGGACGACUAUAUGCUACGAUAUGUUCUAGGCAUUAGGCAAUAUUGUUUGAAAGACGAUCCAUCGACCAUACCUCGCGCCCAAAAAGUUUUGAGGUACUUAUACUUCGCGGACUGGUUCGUUAAAAUCUCAUUGACGCUGUUCUUUAUGUGGUUCAUUUACUCGUGGAUAAGUCCAAUCAGGGAACUGGCAGCCACGCCAUUCGACGUACACGAAAUUUAG